AUGAAUGAGGCGGAAGGCCUGAGGCAGCGGCGCCCUAUACGCCCUCAGGUGAUCACCGAGGACAACACGGCUCAGGAGACCAAGGAUGGCAGGUGCGUGAGGGGCGUCGGCCGGCUUCCCAGGGAGGUGACCUCGUGGGCGCCCGCCCGCCCGCCUGCUCCUGUUCCGCGGGGCGCGAGGGGGCCGGAAAGCGAGCCCCCGCCUCGGCCCUUGAGGGAGCAGCUGGGUUGGGUGGGCGGCGUGAGGCGGCAUUCCCCCUCGGCCUCCUCCCCAGACCCCGGGUUUAAGGAGUGGGUCUUGCCUGGCCCGAGGGUGCUUUGGGGCGGGAGGGGAGAGGCUGAGCUGCCUCCCUGCCUAGGGCAGGGUGGAAGGUGGAGAGGGCCGCGUAAUUCUGCAACGAGAUGCUCCUGGGCUCAAACCUUUUUGGAAGGCCUCUCAUUUGCUGGCAUUUAUUCGUAUAUAAUAAGAAUAAUUUGAUUCUUUUCUCUCUCAGUGCUGCCAAGGCAUGUAACCCGAUGUAACACAAACACGGUGUAUUGUGUCUCUCGUAUUGCAUUGUAUUUUGGCCCUGCUGUUUACAACGCUUUCUUCUGCCUCCCCACAGUAAAUACACACGCGCGGGGCCCCUUCUGUGAUCACAAUAUAGCUACCUUAAAAACCAACAUGUGGAUUUUAUUAGCAUUGCUCGUAUACUGCACUCAAAAAACAUUUGGGCAUUCAUUUCUAACCUACCAAAAUGUAGAUCGAAAAGUGCUUGGAAAGGAGGAAUCCAGCUCUCCCCCGUCCACCCAUUAUACAAGGCUGUAAAGUGUCAAACGUGCUCCGGUUGUAUAAACAAAAAGAAUAAUUCUGCAAUAAAGGCAAUGAAAUGGCAGUAAUUAAAAAAAAAACACCAGAAGAGAGACCUAAGUCGAAACCUUUCUAAAUCCCAAAUGUGUGGUAACUAGUUAUGGAAAUUGGGGAGUGCUGCACUUGCACAUGAAAUGUGAGAUCCAGUGUGGUUAGUGUGUCAGACUGGGACCUAGGAGAUCAGGGUUGAACCAUGAAGUUCACUAGGCCAGUCACUCACUCUCAGCCUAGCCUGCUCCACAGGGUUGUUAUGGAGGUUAAAUGAGGAGGGGGAGAAGCAUGUAUGCUAACUUGAGCUCAUUGCAGAAAAAAGUGGUAAAUAAGUACAAUAAAAAUAAUAACUCUUCUUUUAUUAAACUCUGUAUAAAAUGCCCUGGUCAGAACUCUGGUGUUGAAAAUUGGUUCCAGCAUUGAAGCCUGUUAGGCUCAUUUGCAAAGGAAGCAUUAUGUAGAGAGGACAAGGGUUAACUAGGGGAGAGUUCAGUCAUCUUUCCAGCAUGGCGAAAUCUUCAAGCUCUGUUGAAGUAUAUGGAGUUAUCUGGUGACAACAUUGUUCAAAUACUAAAUUCAGAUAAGUGAUAGUUUGGUGGAUUUGUGUGAGCAGCUGAAAUACGAGAGUAUGACUCAAAAAUGCUAAUAGUCAUGGCAAUCAUGGCAAUAGUAUCCAUGGCAAGCCCCUUCAUAAGUACAUUUCUGAGUAUGUUUGCUUAUUCUUACUGUGUUCUUAAUGUGACUUACUGUGUGGUUUGGGGGUGGUGGCUUAGUGAGUCUAAAUGAAGCACUACCCACUGCGAAGAACAGCCUGGUUUGCACUUAACACUUCAAUCAUGGUUUAUUAAACAAUGGUUAAUAAACUCUGGUUUCUUUACUGCCAACAAAUCAUCAUGUGAAGCCUUGAUUUUUGCUGACUUAUGAGCCUUGGUUUCUUCUAACUUUGGCUUUACAUUACAGUGGUACCUUUAGUUGCGGACACGAUCCGUUCUGAGUUGCUGUUAGCACCCUGAAAAGUCCGCAACUAGAGUGCCUCUUCCGCGCAUGUGCGUGGCACUAUUGAGUGCUUCUGUGCAUGCACGAAGCACACGGAUCGCGUGUGCGCAUGGUGAAACCCAGAAGUUUAUACACUUCCGGGUUUGCCACGUUCGCAAGCUGAAAAGACGCAACAUGAACCUAACGCAAUACGAGCUAUGACUGUACAUGCACUCUGUUCAUAUUUCAGUUUGCAUUUGGACUGCAGAAUACUGUAAUUACAUUUAUGCUUCCUUGGAGGAGUAUUUCCCUAUUUCCCAAUGGCUAACAUAUCUGAUUCACCUUCCAGUAAACACAUGUUUCCAUUGUACACCUGUACCUGGAGGUAAUCUAUGGAAGAGAAAAGGGGAUAAUUAUGUCACAUCUCCUUGGGACAUAAUGUUGGGUAAACCUCUUGGGUAAACCUGCUUGAAUUUGUUGUCCUUUUCAGUGAAUGUACCUAUCCUUGAUCUGGUGUGUGUGCAAAACAGUUUAUAAUCUACAUGUUACCUUCACACCAAAUCUGGGAGAGAGAAAUUUGGGAGAGAAAUUACUGUACUUAGUUAGGAUACUUUCUACAUUGCAGAAACAUGUUACAAAAACAAUAAACUUCCAGCGCUUCGGGUUCUGGUAGUAAGCUCUUGAGUCACACAGACCUGUUGCAAUCUUGCAUGUUUGGGGUGGGGCAGAGCUCUUUCAACAAUAGUUCUCAGGUGUAACUAAUACGAUAAUGCCAAAUUCAGAUGUCCCAGAAUUUCUAUACUGGGAAGAAGGCUGCAUGUUGGUGUCAUCAAAACUGCAGUUUGAGAAACUGAAUUUUAUUUUAAUUAUUUAACGGGGAAUUCUUUUUGCCUGUCUACCAAGAAGUAAUCCCAUUCAUUUCAGUGGGGCCUGUUGGCUGAUGUUUGUUAUCUGUCCUAUUGGCAUAUUUCCUAUAGCUGAAUUUCUUUACCAAAUUCUGUGUUGCUGGUGGUCUUCAAAUUAGACAUGUUAAAUGAAAAAGAAGUAUAUGAAUAGGUUUUUGAGCAGCACAAUUCAUUUUUAUCCAUGUUCAGCAUUUCUUCACUUCUUUGAUGAAAUGUUGAUGUUCAGACCUUGCCAGCUCCUAGGGCCUUUAAGCCUGUCUUAUCCCUUCCCAGUUGUUUAAAAAAAAAUCAUUUAUGUGCUGAUCAGAGAAAAAAAUGCUGCGUAACAUUCCUCUUAGCAGAGGUUUUGUCCUUGAUUUAUGAAGGACACCAUACUGUAUUUGUUAAUAACAAAGGUCUUCAUGUAUCCAAAUGUACUCCAGUAUCUAUCUUUGUAGAUAACUGAAGAGAAAUGGUACAGAAAAUGAGAUUUCAAGUUUUCUUUGCUUCGUUUUCCUUUCACAAAUCAUGGUGAUUAAAAAGCUUGCUAAGGGUUAGAAAUGCAACCUUUACCCUGAGAAAGUAAAAUCUUAAGCUGGUUUCAUCCACAGAACUUCAGUUCUGUUUCUCCCACUUACUUACCCUUAAUCUCUCUUGCGGCUAUAAAAAGGUUUGGAUUUAAACUGUCAGAUUCAUGCAUUGUGGAUACUACCUCAAACACAUAAUAAUAAUAAUAAUAAUAUUCAAUAAUUUUAUUAUUUAUACCCCACCCAUCUAGCUGGGUUGCUCCAACCACUCUGGGCAGCUUCUAACACAUACUGGAAAGUACCAGUCACAUUUAACAUGCAGAGUUCUUAAAUCCACUUACCUGUUCUCCAUUGGCAAAUCCCCUGUUCCCACAUGCCCUCCACAAAGAUUCUUUGCAUAAGCUGCAAAGGUUCAAGUAAACACAAAUCUCUGCAGUUAAGAGAGAAGUAGAAAGAGGAGGUGAUUUCCCUCCCUUUCUGCUGCCUGAGCUUUCUGCAUCACAAGCUAUAUCCUUCCUUGGGACUAUACUGUUAAGAAUGCAGGUGGGAUAUUAAUUAUGAACUCUAAAUGUUUAAAUUCUUGCUUGUGGAUAACUAACAGAAUGGGAAGAAGGGUAGGCUAGAAUCUUCUUAGACAUGAUUUCCGUGUGCAGGGAGCUUUUCUACACGAAGCAUUUGGAUGUGUAAUCUUACACCUGCAUUUUGCAAUGGUACGUUCCUGAGAUGUCAUUUUGUGAUAUACUUAACGUAUAGCUCAGCUGUAACAUCAUUGGUAAAUUGUAAUGGGUUUGAAAAGGAUAUUUGGAGUUUUUUCUUCAUUUGACUAGUGAUUCCCCUUUGAUUAGUGGAAUAACGUAAUGAUUGAGUUCAUACAACAUGCUUAUGUGGAAAAACUAGGCAUACAUUGAUGUAUUGCUAGUUACACAUUCAAAAAAUAUUAUAAUCUUGGCCUGAAAUCGCUGGUACAGAUUUACACUAACCCACUGGUGAUCAUUGUUUAAAAUUGUGCAGAGCUUCAAUUUAAGUUUCUAAUCUGUUUUGUAUUUUUGUUACAGUACUUACAGCAACAGAGUAUUCCGUGUGACUUUCAUGACUUUGGCUGUAUCGCUAAUUAUUCCCUUAUUUGGAGCAAUAAUUCUUCUGGAGUGUCCAAUAGACCCUCAGCCUAUAAGGUGAGUUGCAAAGUAUGUAUGAUAUCAGAAUGUAGCAUAUAAUUUAAGUGUUUAACUGAAUACUUAAUUAGGAUUUUUUUUAUCGCCAGUAAGUUUAAUUUUUUUCCUUCAGAAUGCAGGUAUUAGUAGGGUAAGACCUGAUUAAACUGUGAUGUGUAGUAUACACAGGACUGUGCAGCCUGCCAAGAUAUGCAGUAUUCUGAUAUUGAAAGACGUAUUGAAAGCUGGAUUGCUUUUGGUAUCUCAACAAAUUUCACAUUUGCUGUCUCAGUUCAGAUCUUAGAAAUGAAUAACAGUUGCUGUAUGUAUUUUUUAAAUAAAUGCAAUCAAAUAUAAGGAAGAUAGAUUUGAUUUUUGAAGUGAAAUGAACAGUGCAUCCUUUAAGACUGCAAGCAAAGAAGAGGAUCUUCAAGCACAAUAGGACUUCUUUGGCAAGUGUUCUCAUCUGGCUAGAGCUGCUUAUUCAUUUCUUUAGCACUAUGGGAAUUGUGUCAACUCCCCUUGGUGAGUCUGCUCCGCACCUGUCUUGCGUACAUGUUUGCAAAGGUGCCUACAUGGACUUGAUCCAACACAAUAAGUAUACCUUGUUCAUGGGUUGUGCAGAUUGCUCAGCUAAAAUGAGCCUAUGGUCUCUCUGCAUCUAGGGUCUCUGCAAACAUGAAGCCAUAUGUGGAUUCAGCACAUUUUUAGGAAUAUUGAGGGAAGGAAGAAGGAUAUUUGUAUGGUAGCCAUGGAGAGAGCUUAAUGAUAAGAGGCCCAGAUCUCUUGUACCUCGAGCCAGGAGUUCACCAAGAAGUCUUUGAAGGAAAUUGUACUUUGGAGGCUCUGAGAGCACCCAAAAGUGACAUCUCUCAUUUGGGAAAGAUUUCAGAACAAGGAGAACACUCCAGAUUGAUAAAAUCCCAUAUUGUUGAAAUGAGAGUAUUCAGUUCUCAUUUCAGUCUUGCCAGGUGUUAGUACUAAAGCUUUACUGCAUUGGUUUUGAGAAUGAAUGUAUGUUUGGAUGAUAUAUAUUUAAACUGUAUUUGGAGUAGAUCUACUGAAAUCAGUGACAAGUUAGUCAUGACUGACUAAAUUCAUUUUUUUCCAGUGGAUCUUCUCUGAGUACGGCUUGGUUGGAUGCCACCUUUCAUAUUUUCACCACCAGAGAGAAGGCCUUUUCAGUAGUGGCGCCUGGUUUAUGGAACAGUUUAACCCUUUCUUAGGGGUUCCCCCACAUGACUUAAGGGAACUUAUACAAAUGCUUGCAUGUGAAUUUGUACACACCCCUGAAACUCAGGAUAACGCUUCCAUGCAUCUGAGGAAGUGGGCUGUUGCCCAGAAAUCUUCUGCUGUAAUAAAUUUGACUUACUUUAUUAUUAUUUUUCAUAAAAUUUAUACACCACUGUAUUAUUUUAAAAAAUGAAGUGGUUUACAAAAGAUAAAACAGAUAAAUCUACAACCUUACUUUAAAACAUACAAAAGUUAAAAUACUAAAACAGAUUAAAAUUACCUCAGUUUUUAAAGCAUCUGGGUAGGAUUUUCUAAAAAGGAAUAUUUUUAGCAGGUGCCAAAAAGUCUACGGUGCUCAUCAGAAUAGUCAUGCAUGAAAACUUGGGCCCAGGUGAACACCUGAGUCACAGCUUUACAGGAAUACAGCUUACAUUCACGUGAUAAUGUGAGACAGUUACAUACAGUUAGGCAUGGGAGACUAGACUUGUUCUUGUGACAGGUUAUGCAGUGGUGGUAUGUUGAGCAAACCUUUGUAGAAAGAGGAAGCUGCCCGUUGGUCAAAAGCACCCAAACCUGCUGAGCGUUAAAUGCUGCCACAAACACACAAAGAAAGGCAUGCUGGAGAAGCAAAUGUAAACAAAUGUUUGAUUACACAUUAGACUUUGAAAGCUCAGAGAAAAAUUGGCAAAGGCUUUUUUGGGGGGUUUGAAACUAAGUCAAACAUGGUUGUUGUAAGUUAUGUAUCAUUAAGACUCCCUGCUGCCUUUGGCACCCUGCCUCCUGCGUCCUUUUUUAUUUUAUGUUUGAAACCGGGGGGGGGGUGGUAUGGUGUGACAAGUUCUGUCUUGUAGUAUUUAUGCAGUUUCUCCCUCCUGCUGAAUGCUUCUGUUUUUUGCAUUAUAUUUCAAUUGUGUUCUUUGCUUAUAUAAUGGAGGCCAUCCAUAUAACUUUCUUAUGAGGAGCCAUACAUAUGUCAGAAUAAAUACUUUAUCUUUUUGAGAUGAAAAAAGUUUUUAAGGCUACAGUCCAAAGCAUACGUCUGUGAAUCAGGUCCCUCUGAAAUAAGUGGGGCUUACUGUCAAGUAAAUAAGGUUAGAUCAACCUAUAAAUCUUACUGUCAUGAUAAGUUUCAGGAAUUGACAAGUUUAACAUUCGUAAUCACAUCUCUGUCCUUAGAAUCCUCCAUUUCAUAGAACCUUUCAUGUUGUAUUCAGCUUUGGUCCAUUUAACUUACAUUAUCCUGACAGCAAAAUACAGGAUUAAGUAGCGCUAAGCAGAUCUAGAACAGGGAAAUGGCUACUAUUUCAUUUAGGUAAGAUUCUUUCCUAAGCUGUUUGGUAGUGUUACUGACCACCUGGUGGUAUGAUCAUUUCUCUGGAUGAUUACAUCUUAUUGGCCAAAGUAAUCACGGUGUGUAUUUUGAAGUGAUCUUUAAGGUGUUCCAUAAAAGCAAGUCUUCAUUAAGAAGCAUUUUAACUUGUAAUGGAGAAUUGUUUCAAAAAAGGUAUGGAAAUAAUUGAGUUACAAAUAUGCAGUAUUAAAAUGCUUCAACGUUGGAAAUGAGUACAAUGUUGAAAACUGAAAGCAUUGCCAUUUGAACAAUUGGUGUUUGUUCAUUUGACACCAAACUAGAAUAGGAAACUAGUAUAAAAGAUGUAAGUGUGGAAUUUUCCCCAAUAGGUGGUCCAUUGUAUGUCCUUGUGAUAGUGUCCAUCAUGCUGAUAUUGCAAAUGCCCUGGUUUUUUUCCCCUAUUUUGAAUUAAAAGAGAUCUGCAGGCCUCUCUGUGGCUUUUCUAUCUCAAGUGUGUUGGCUUGAUGCUGGCUUAUUUUGCAUGUUAUGUUAAACUAUAGUUUAAAUUUUCUAUCAAGAUAUUGUAACAUUUUGGAUCUUAUGUUGAUGCCUUGAUCAGACUUCCGUAUGCAGUAUGAGCAGAGUGUGUUUGAAACUCAUGUCCAGCCUCGCCUGCCUUUUAGUGCCUGAGGUAGAAAGGAAAACUAGGUUUAUCUGUACCCAGAAUCUUCCAAAAUUGGUUGGCUGGCUGCCCUUUUCUUUCAGUCCACCGAUGAAAUUGCUUCUCCUUCUUCCCCUCUAGCUUCAAAGAACCUCCUCUCCUCACUGGCGCAUUAGAGCCAAACUUCAAGCUCCGACAAGCAGAAAGGCUAUUUGAAAAUCAGCUUGUUGGACCAGAAUCUAUUGCAAACAUCGGCGGUAAGCACAAUAACGUCUGCAUGCUAAACUGUGAAGGGUCUUAAUGCUUGGAACUUGAGUCAAACAUGAGACCUUCUGAGCCUAGCAAAAAAUCAUUUUUUCUCUUGCUCUGUUCUUUUCCCCAAAUACUUUAUAGCAGGCUUCCUCAAACUCGGCCCUCCAGAUGUUUUUCUACAAUUCCCAUCAUCCCUGACCACUGGUCUUGCUAGCUAGGGAUCAUGAGAGUUGUAAGCAAAAAACAUCUGGAGGGCCAAGUUUGAGGAAGCCUGCUUUAUAAUAAUAACUACUCCAUAAGUCAUGUUGGUAACUCUUGGUGUAACCAUUGAUCAUCUGUUAUUGAUCCAAAUAACUCUGCAAUUGAUUUCUGAAAUAAUUCAAUUAUAUAAAGCACACAGUGAAAGAGCAUGUCAUGUUAGAAGAUAUGACAUACUAUAAGUUGUAACAGUGUGGUUUCUGUAGCUGUUGUGGGUUACGUGAAAGAGCCAGGGAGAGCUGAUCUUCUACAUCCAGAGAGCUAGUGUACCUUGGGUCCCCACCUGGUGUGCUCAGGGUCUAAUACUCAAGGCGCAUGGAUGUCCCUGCUCUUGUAAGUGGAUAAGUGUCUCAAUGGUUGCUGAGGAGCAACAAUGGAACAGGGCUAUUGCCUUCAUGUCCUGCUUAUGGUCUUCCUAGAAGCAUCUGGCUGCUCACUGGGAAACAAGAUGCUGGCUAGAAGUCCUUUUUUUUCUGAUCCAACAUGGCCUCUGUAACUUUUCAGGAAGCAAAUGGCAAGAAUCACUAUAGAUUCACAGGCAACGCCAUUUAUUCACAGUUCAUAAUCAAAAUAAUAAACAGCAAACGUAUAAAUUGCAGAAAAUGUAACCAAACACACAUACUACCAAAAAUAGGACAAUACCGAGAAUGUCAAAAUUCUGAAAUAAGAAAAUAACCAUGAAUGCUUAAGGUUGUCCCAGUGUUACAGUUAAAGGCUGGUCAAUCUCUGAUUACUCUAACUAAUGGGAAAUGCAUCAAAAUAAAAAGCCAUCUAUUAGCUUGGAUUAUGGAAGAUGAAAACAAUGCUUUCCCUUUCUACUGGAAUCUUAAUUGGUGAAUAGCAGCCACCAGAGCUACAAAAAUCCACUCAUGGCGAGAAAUCCAAGAGAUACCAACAUUAAAGAAAGUAAAAAUUGAACAAGUAUUGUAUCUCAAUAUAAAGGAUCUAAGUUAUCCCUACAAAAGGUUGUGUAUUUGGAGUCCUGUUUAUGAGCCAGAUGCUGACUGGAGUGUGUUCAUGUGGCUUUGAGUCACAGAUGACUGCUACUGUGGACAUGAUUUGAGGCUGACUUUAGUUUUAAUAUUUAAAGGUCAUGAGCUUUUUUAUGAAGGAACAAUGUACAAUUCAUACAGUACUUCCAGUUUCCAGAAUUCAUAAAAAGCAUAUCUUACAACUUGUCUCUCUUAGAUGUGUUGUUCACUGGUACAGCGGAUGGAAAAAUUCUAAAGAUUGAAAAUGGCGAAAUACACACAUUAGCCCGACUUGGACAUGGCCCCUGUGGUAAGUUAGAGGAACCACGUAUUUUAUUGCUGCUAUUGCAUUUCAGUCUGAAUUGUAUAGUGAUUGUACUGUCAACAUUUUAAGCUUUGCUAAGUCAUUUGCUUGUAUAUUAUCUAACUCAUUUUAAGGUGCACUAAUGAUUUUUCUUUUCCUAAAUGGAAAAAUAGCAGUAUUUCAUAAUGUUCUUCACAGUGCAUUUCAGGCAGUUUAUUUUUGGUAUAUAGUUUCAUGGGCCUUAUUAUACAGGUUUGGUCUGAGAACUGUGCCAAUAAUUGACUUGAAAGUGUGAAGACAGGAAUGCCCCUGUGGAAUAAAAACAUACUGCUAACACUGUGGAGUAAUGGUCAGUAAUUCAGCGCACGCUACCAUUUGUUAUUUUUUUAUGUAUGCAACUGUAUCAACACUUCCUGAUGGUUCUCUUCUUGUGCUUCUUUUAACCUUCAUGCCAAUGAUUCUAGCUAACUGCUCAACUGCAGCCCUGAUUGCCAUAUAAUGGCUUUGGUUGAAAAUACCCUAGCUGAGUUUGACAUGGGACAGCAACAGAGAGGAUGUUCGGAGCAGGAAACUGACCAUGCAGUGGUUAAGAGGAGCGGACUUGUAAAGGUCCAUGUGUCACAAGGUUCUGUAAAUGAAAGGGAGAAUGCAGCAAGAUCUUGGGAAAUUGAUGCUCUCCCAGACUCAUGGCUACCAGUGAAAGAAUAUACAGAUUCCCUUAUUCCAAGCUACCGAACUAACACAGCUAUAUUCUGGCAAUCUUCAAAAGAAAUUAUUUAUUUCCAAACCAACCUUCAUCCAAUUAGUACAAUGCUGUAUAAAAAAAUUAAACUACUGAAAGGAAAAAAACCAUUACAAUCCCUGCCAUGUCACUGCCAAAUGCACAGCACCCAUUGCUUGUACCACCAGCCAGUCUCCUGCCAGUCUCAUUGGACAGGUUGGGACCUGCUGGGAAAGGCACUCCAUCAAGUAGUCCUAAGCUGUUCAGGAGUUUAUAAAUUGGGCCCAGUAGCUUACGGGAAGCCAGGACUGGUGGUGUUUGGCUACACUUCAGGAUAUCAGGCAGAAGAUAUAGAUACAGAAGAUAUAGAAGCAUGAUUAGUCGCACCAACAGGGUAAAGAACAGCUUCUAUCUGUGGGCUGUUAGGCUGCUGAAUGAAAAGAUAACAACAGGGCAACUGACUUUCGGUUUGGUGGGUGUGCAUCAGUAAACGAGGGGAAUUAAGACUAAGGGAGCUGAGUGGGGGUGCUUCACUGUAUACAAGUUGUACAAGUGACAACAAAGUAUUUCAAUUUUUAUUUCAAUCAUAUAGCAGCCAGGCACAGUCAGUAUCUCAAUAUAAUAUGGAUAACAUGCCCCUCAUUCUGGUACUGCACAUCAUGCCAUCUUUGACUUUAGCUUAGCUAGAAAAAUAGAGGAACUACAUCUGAAAUUGCACAUAAAAAAUGAGGAACUACAACAUCUGAAAUUGCACGUGAAGAAUGUGUAGUGGUUCUAGGGGUUGCUCGUGCGUAAGCCGGUGCAAACACCUGGCUGGGUUGCCUGAGUGAACCUUUCCUGUCCGGACAGCCACUCACCCGUGGCUGUCUCAAUCGCUGGCAGAAUCCGUCAGUGGGCGUUUCUUAAACUACUUCCAGCAAAGAAGCUCUUUGACGCCUAGUCUCCUCCCACACUCUCUGCGCGAAAGCCUUCUGCGCAAGGAGGGCGUAGGCAGCGGAGGACCUCUACUCUCCCCGCUGGUCCCCGGCAAGGAGUCAUGGGACCGCCUCGCUGCUUCCCCCAUCUGCCCCCCUUCUCCACUGGUGCUACGCUGAUUCUCUUCCCCAGAAGGUGGGCUGCCUCUCCCACUCCCGGGACGCACUCCGGAAUCCCUCUGGAUUUUGCUCUCUCCCUCCGGCAUUGAUGGCAGUUCCCUGACAGAAUGAGAAGCCUCAUUGCAGCAUCCAGAUUUGCACCAUUACUUGUAGGAUCUCAUUUCCUUAACAUCUAUCCUUUGAUUUUGUGUUUUUAUAAAAUUCUGUGUAGCUUUUCUUUUUCUCUAAUGCUUCCAUCCAUUUAUUUUGUUAUAUAGCACAGUCCAAUAACUUACACUCAGGAUAUCCCCUUCAAACACAGAGGUGCUUAAGAGAAUAUAGGAUAGCAGUGCUCCAACUUUUUGGAGUGAUUGGCUUUAGCCUGUUAAAGUUGAGAGAGGCAACUCUGCAUUGUUCUGACUAGAAGUGUUUUCCUACAUAGAACAGUGGAAGAGAAAUGUAUUUUGGAAAAAGGAAAUGACUUCACUUACUAUGUUUUUCACAGGUUGUGCCAUGUGAAGUCAGUAAGGGGCAAGAAAGAGACUAACUGUUGUUCAGUACUGCUUGUUGGCAACUUGCAGAAUGAACAUCUAGCUUCAAAUUAUUUCUCCUUUUGUUAUAGGCACUGAUACUGCUUGUGUUGGUUUCCUUUUCUGGAACAGCCAGUAGAGGGCACUGUGAACGUAAAAGUUUUAAACAUUUGCUGCUUCUUUGGCUACAUCUUCAUUCUGCAUGCAAAAAGAAUAACUUGUCCUAAAAGUGGCAACAAAAACAUAAAUGCAAUAAAAAUCCACUAUUGGAAGAGAUUAUACGUCACAUUUAUUAUAAGGCAAAUAGUUAUUUGUCCAUGAAAUUUUCACAAUAAAUAUGUUAGGGUGACAUUGAAGUGUCAGCCUACUUGUGCAAGAGGGAAAUUCCCUGUUUGCUGGGGGGGGGGGCAGAAGUGGGAGGAAAGGAAGGGGAAGUUUUGUUGCGCCUGCUGGCAUGAAGCACUAAACAAAUAGUUCCAUCAGUGCAAGGAUUUAUCCUUGCGUAAGUAAACAUUCUCUUCCUCUUGUGUGCCUCCUAAAUCUGUUCUGGGAGUUCCCCCACCCUCUGGAGCAGAUUUAGGGAUAGCACAGGGCGCGCACAGGAGGAGGAGAGGGGCGAAAGUCUUGUUGUGUUCAUGCUAAUCCUUGCACUAGCACAAUUUAAUGUUGCCCAGAAAAUCUCAAUAGUCUGCAAGUUGCAUUGUUGUUUCCUGCAACAGACGACUAAAGGUACCAUUUUGGAAUUUUGUCAGCAUAAAAUGGUGUUGAUAUCAGUAAAGUUUUGCUGAAUAUUUGUUUUUGGAUUAAAUUCUGAAGUAAUGGCAUUUUUUCCCCUAAAGCAGUAUAGAAAUAUUUGUAUAAAACCUGCUGCUGUUAACUUGCUGGAAAUGUGUCUUAAAAGGAACCAGAGAAGAUGAAACCACAUGUGGGAGACCUCUCGGAAUCAGAGUUGGACCAGAGAACACCCUUUUUGUGGCAGAUGCAUACUAUGGACUCUUUGAAAUCAAUCCUGUCUCAGGUAAACUUGCACUCUUGUUUUUUCUGUUUAUGUUUGCUUUGGCCUGGCAUUUCUUUUGUCUUCCUUGUGAAGUCGCUAUGAUCUCCUAUUCUUCAGAUGCUUUCAUUUCCCUGCUUUCUUCUUAAACCCCUUCCCAUGCCUCCUACUCCCUCCUUUUUGGCAACUCUCUUUGCACCCCCUUUCCCCCCUUCACUUCCUUUUCCAACUCCUCUUUGCAUACAGAUCACCCCCAUUUUCAUGUCUCCUUCCUAUUCUGCAGCCGUUUGCCCACACACCAUGAUGAUAUAUGUCACUGUUUUAAGAUGAGCAAUCCUGUUCCGUCUUGUUCCGUUAGUGAAGAUUAUCAGCUGAUGAAUGUUGUACAUACAUGAGUGUUUGCUUGCUAAUAAAAUACCUGUUCUAAAUUACUGUGUUGAAUCUGGGAAAUCAUGCUGAAAACAACCCCUAAUACUGGGAAUGAAACAUGUUGUGUGAAAGGACUAUGUAAUAUUCCAUGGCUCUGCAUCCUUUGUCUCUCAUACACAAGAGGAAAAUUACAGUUUUAAACAAUGGCAGAGGUUUAAGCAGAGCAAGCAGAGAGAAGGAAACACUCAGGGAAAGGUGGCUGUUUAAAGCAAAGUUUCAAUACAGCAAGAAGGGAGUUGGGAAAGUCUCAGCCCGAUGGAGCUGUCUGCUUUAAAUAACAUACGACAAAAGCACACCUUGAAAUGCAAGCUGUUCAUUUUAAGAACAAAAAACCUUUCUUAUGUGCAAACACAGAUUCCUCUUCCUUAGCCAAAGUAAAUGAAAAUAUUUGUAAAUUAUUUUCUACCUGCCAUUUUGAUGCAUAAGGAAAGCUCUUAUCAUUGGAAAGUUAUUAACUACCGUAUUUUUCGCCCUAUAGGACGCACUUUUUCCCCUCCAAAAAUGAAGGGGAAAUGUGUGUGCGUCCUAUGGGGCGAAUGCAGGCUUUCGCUGAGGCCUGGAGAGCGAGAGGCGUCGGUGCGCACCGACCCCUCUCUCUCUCCAGGCUUCUGGAAGCUAUCCGCAAGCCUUGGGAGCCCGGCAGGAGUUCCCGCGGGCUUGUAAGGCUUGCGGGAAACAGCCUGUUCUUGGGGCUGGGGUCGGGGGAAGCUCGGGCUUCCCCCGCCCCAGCCUCGCGGUUGGGGGGAAAAUAAUUAUUUAUUUAUUUAUCCCCCCCCCACAAAAAAAAACCCCGAGGUGCGCCCUAUGGGCCAGUGCGCCCUAUAGGGCAAAAAAUACUGUAAUCUAAACUUAAAGCAUGUAGGAAAGCAAGGGGUUAACCAAGUCCUCCUUUCUGUGAUCAGGUGAAGUGAAACCACUUGUGUCCUCCAAGAUUCCCAUUGAAGGAAAAAACAUGUCCUUUGUGAAUGAUCUUACACUGACGCGAGACGGAAGGAAAAUCUACUUUACUGACUCCAGUAGUAAAUGGCACAGAAAAGACUAUUCCUUAUUAAUCAUGGAGGCUUCUGAUGAUGGACGGUAAGUCCCAACUGGGGAAAAUCCUUGCAGUGUUUUGAUGCCAGUUGCGAAAGCAGAAUUUUGACAGAGCAGUACGACUGGGUUUCUUAGUGAGUUUCUGGUCUGUAGCACGGCUGGGACUGCCUGGUGUGGAAUUUUCUCUUAGCCAAUGUGCUAAUUCUUAAUUAAAGGUAAUAGUAAUAGCUUAAUUGAAUGAGCAGCCCCACCCUUGAGCUGGAGUUUAGGUUCCUUGUGCUCCUACUAAUGCAUACCUGUGAACCAGUGCUGUGGUUAGUGUCUUUCAAGAACGGCCCAGACAGGAGUGGUGAGACUUUUGAGGAGCCUGCAGCAGCAGGCUGCUUGUUUAUGUUAAACCAUAGUUCAAAAUAAACUAUGCUUAGAGUUGCGUGGAAACCAAGCCAAUAAAAAUACGGCAUUACAAGCAAAUUUGUGAGUGAAGCAACUAAGAAACAUGUAGGUUCACAGACGUUAAAUGAGCCUGUGAGUAUUGAAAUCUCUAGGAAACUGGACUAUAAAUACUGCUGUGCUUGAGACCCCUUCUGACUUGUGGGUCUCUUACACAUAUGUGCUCCUUGUAUUGGUUCUGUUAUUGUCUACAUGGUUAUGUAUUAGUUUGCACGUAACUUUAUGACAAAUGAAUUUAAAAAUUAAUGACUGUGUUAAUGGUUUUGCCCUCAGCUUGCUUGAAUAUGACACUGUCACAAAGGAAGUGAAAGUCUUAAUGGGAGGGCUCCGAUUUCCAAAUGGAGUCCAGCUCUCACCUGCUGAAGACUUUGUGUUGGUGGCCGAAACAACUAUGGCAAGAAUACGAAGGUAUGUGGGAUGCCUCCCGAGGGGGCUAUACAUUAAAAUUUGCACCAACAGCAUUAGCCAAGUGUUUUAAGCUCAGCUAUCUUUUUAGGAAUAUAUUCGAUGCAAAGUUUGUUGAUGAGGCUUUUCUAAAUACUGUGCUCUGCAAGUGAACUCGCUGCUUUUACUAUGCAAACUGCAAACUCACUUGCUCUGACGAAUUUUGCCCACUUGUGAUAUAGUAGGUCUUUUCUUGCCUCUUCUUCCUCCUGCGAAGCACUUGUUGGUUUCUAUGGUUCCUCCUUGACACGUGCUAUUAUCUUGUAAUAUAUUAAUGCACUUUAAUUUUGCAGAUACUACGUAUCUGGCCUAAUGAAAGGUGGAGAAGACAUGUUUAUAGAAAAUAUGCCUGGCUUUCCAGAUAACAUACGUCCAAGCAGCUCUGGAGGUUAUUGGGUGGCUAUGUCAGCUAUUCGGUCCAAUCCUGGAUUUUCUAUGUUGGAUUUCUUAUCUGAAAAACCAUGGAUUAAAAGAAUAAUAUUUAAGGUAAAACAAAUUCUGCUUUGAUGAUAAAUUGCAUAACCUAUCUUGAGAGCCAAUUGGUUCGUUUAAAAAAAGACAUUUAAAAGCAGUAUAUUAAUAUUAAUGUUUCUCAAAAAGUGAUUUGAAAUAGCCGAUUUAUGGACAGAUCAUAUUGCCCUCACAAUGAUAGAGCCAGAAUACCGGGCAAUAUCAAUCAAAUGUUUAAAUUGUGUGACUCUUUGUUGUGCUGUCUCAAAGAUGGUGGCAGCAAAAGGAAGUUAUGGGGGACGGAUUUUUUUUCCCUUGAGAGUCCUUUUCCUAGUCAAGCAGUUGUUCCUGCUUUAGGCAGAUGGUAUUGAAACCACUCCAACCCCUAGGACUUUGAGAGGCAAUGGCUGUUGGAGGCACCUGUGAAGUCCUCCCUCCCUUUUGGUGGUGCUGGCAAACAGAAGUUCCGAGGGCUGAUGUUCUUCAUUCCUCUUAGCAGUCCAACAAGUGUCCCAGCUGCCAGCACUGGUGCUUAUUACCUUAUGUGUUUGUUGGACUGGUGUGAAGAUUGAAACGCAUCAAUAUUUAUAUCCCACACCUUCAACAUAAAUUUACGUUCCCAGGGUGGUUUACAAGUUUAUGAAACAUUAAAGUAGUUUUUAUUUUUAUGUAGCAGAACAAAGCAUAAAAUGGAUGCAACAAAUUAAAAAGCACUAAAACUGCAACAUUCACUCAAAUAGACAGUAAAUUAAAAAUGCUUUAAGAUUAAAAUGCUUACAUUUGCAGUUUUUAAAAAAACAAAAAGCACCCAUCACGAAAAGCUUAAUUUGGGCAAACUGUAGGCAAGCUUUAACACUCCCCAUUGAUUUAGUGCACCCUUACCCAACCUAGUGCCCUCCAAAAGCAUUGGACUAUGGCUCCCGUCAGCCCCAGCCUGCAUGGUCAAUGGUCAGGAAUGGCGGAGAAGUCAUCUAAAACAUCUGGGUCGCGGGCACCAGGUUGGGGAAGAUACUUGAGCAUAUUUUUAAUUCUGGCCAAUAAUAAAUUGUGCUUCAAAGAGCUUAUGGAUGGUUGAUACUCUUUGGAUGUUCUGGGGUUUAAAAUCUGAAUUGGUUAACAUUUUAACUGACUGUUCAGUGUACUCGUAAUGCUUAUGGCUGAGGUGGUUAUCCCUAAAAUGAAUACUUUCUUCCCCCAGCUGCUCAGUCAAGAAAUGGUGAUAAAAUUUGUGCCCAAGUACAGCCUCCUUCUAGAACUAAGUGAUACCGGAUCCUACAGAAGAAGCUUCCAUGAUCCGAAUGGAAUGGUGGCAACGUACAUAAGUGAAGCACAUGAACAUGAUGGACAUCUCUAUUUGGGCUCCUUCCGGUCUCCCUUUAUUUGCAGACUGAACCUCGAGGAAGUAUAA